CCUCUGAUGUUUCGAUGACAUUUCUAUCACAUCCUCAAUUGACCUCCGUCCAAGUCCAACUCCGUCAUGGCCAAUGUAGAGAGGCCGGCUUCGGUCUAUGGCGGCCUAGUGGCCAAAAUCAAACGCCAUCCCCGCGUGUUUCCCCGUGUCAUGUGUCUGUGUCGUGCUUUGGGCCAUCUGAUGGUACACAUCUCGUUAAUGGCCCGGAUAGACCCGCAGUUCUGGCCGAGGGCCCUGCCCAUUUUGGAGUUGGACAUGGAGAAAACCCGAGGGAUCUUCAUGAGCCAGAGCUUCAAUGAUGUGCUCUUGUUGUUUGGAUUGCCGUUCAGUUUUGGAAGUGAUCGACUAGCUCUGCCCAUUUUGCAAGAUGUCAUGGGAGGGCUCAUCUGGGCCUCUUUGCAAUUUUCCCUCUUGAUGGAAACUUCUAACUCGGUCAUGACGCUUAUUUUGUGCUUCAUCAAGCUUCUCAGCCUCUAUUUGCUGAAGGUCAACUACAACCUAGACAGCAUUUACAUGUCUGUUGUUCUGGGUAUUGCUGGAUUUCUGAAGAUCAACACCUAUGAAGAUCCUCUUAACACUGGAACCAUAUUUUUGAUCACGUUUUGGUGUUACUGUCUGGUCAGAAAUGUCCCGUCUUUCCUCGUGGGAUUGCUCUUUUCGGUGGAAGAGAUGUUGGCCAACAAUCAGAAUCCCACGGCUAUAUUCCAUGAAUACGUAGUCGUGGAUUUCACUUCGUUUAUGAUCUUCGGAGGUGCCACUGGAUUGUCCGUCUUGUUUUCUCAAUGGAAUGGACUGAUAGAAGACCCUCUGGGCUUGCCCCAAUGGGUCAUGGAGCAUCUCGGCCAGACUCCUAUGGGUGUGAUCACGAUGGCCUUGUCAUUUUGCGCGUUGAGUUGCAUUACAAAUAAAUGGUUUCGAGCGGCUCUGAACUACUUGGCGAACAUUCCAUUUCUGGAAGAUACAAUCAACAAGGGAGUUUAUCCUGGCCUCUUUUGUGUACUGUUGUGGUUGGACGCUGGACGAAAACCGGAUGAAGCCACAUUACGCCUCGCAUCCGCAUUAUCUCUGUUGGGAUUAUGGACGGGGACCAUGUACAUGUUGGUUCGAACCUUGCGUCAGGUUCUCAAACGAGACUUGACCAUGCGGCCUUUACGGAAGUUCGCAUGUACUGUGUUGGUGGCAUUGCUCCUUAUUGGGGUCUGUGUGGAAUGCGCCGUCGAAUUCUUCAUCCCGUAUUUCAAGGCCAAUCAACACUCGCUGGUCGUCGCCAUGGGAUGCCUGCAUAUCAUGAUGGCUUCUCAUAUUUUCACUGAUACCUUAAGGGCUUGCAUCUAUUACAUCGUCAAUAGAACAGACGUAUUUGGAUCACCUAUCAAAUGGGACGGGGCGUUCCACAAUUUCAAACUCAUCGAUAUUACAUCCCGAAUGGGUCUGUCUACCUACUGUGGAGGCCUCUGUUUUUCGGCCUUUUAUCAUUCCGAUCUGAAGCAAUUUUAUUCCUUCAGUGGUGUGUGUAUUUUGAAUACCGUAGGCUUAUACCGAAGUUGUCGCUAUUUCAUUGAUACUCAAGCUCGAAGCCAGCACGUUGUCUCAUUAAUGCAACGCAUGGACGAUGCCAAUCCAGAGCGAAUUGCUCGCGUGAACGAUAACUGUUCCGUUUGUUGGAGUUCCCUGGAUGAUGAUGGCUCCGUCAAAGUGACUCCUUGUGAUCACUUGUUCCAUAACUUGUGCCUCCAAAGCUGCCUCUAUAACUCGUCCACGUGCCCAAUGUGCCGGUAUGAGUUCGGCCCCAAUAACAAUGAACAGGGUGACGGAAACGACACCGAAGAUGAAGUGGUGCAUCCUGAACAGUAGUUGUGAACCAUUGGAAUAUACGAAUAUACAUACAGUGAUAUAUUUUUGACAUGACCCAAAGAGCAAGUUCGAAAUCCGUGAGAGUUCGAAUGAAAUGUGUAGAAAUAAAGUCCAAUGAAAUCGAA